AUGAAUCCAAGAGUUUUUAGACCAAAUAGAAGACCGAGUGCUAUUUUUAGACCUUGGAAUGCAGCAACCUUGGGGGUUUGUCAAGAUCAAAACGUACCCUUGGAGGAGAAAAAGCUAUUUGUCAAUAAUAAAUACGCGAAAUAUAACCUUGUUAAUGAUAAUAGUAACAUCAGAGUUGCGCCUACUAGAUCUAAUACAUUUCCAUCACCAUCCUCUACCACCACCGACCCAUCCUCUUCAUCAUUAGCUAACAACAACAAUAAUCCAUAUCUUAAUAGAUCUUCAAGAAGUAAUACAGUGUCAUCUUUUACUUCAACAGCAGCUUCUGCUAGUAGUAAGGAACCAACUACUACAACAACAACAAUCGAAAAAGAUGAUGAUUAUUGGUGUAGUAGUGUAGUUCAAACUGACCAAAAUAAAAACGAUAAUGAUGAUUAUUGGAAUGUUAAGACUGAAGCUACUGCUACUAACCAGAAUAAUGAUAGUUGGGACAUGAAGAAUAAUGAAGAGAACAACGGAGGCUGGAAUGUAAAUAAUAUUGAGGAAGAUAUUAGGAAUGAAGAUUGUGAUGUGAAGAAUAACGAAGAGGAUGAUGGAGGUUGGAAUAUGAAGAACAAUGAAGAGAAGAAUCGAGGUUGGAAUAAUGUAACUGAAUAUACCAAUGAAAAAAAUGAAGGGUUGAGUGAAAAUAUUAAUAGGAAAAAGAACGAAUGUUGGAACAGCAUUGUUGAAAACCCUAAUCAGAGUAACAAUCAAAAGGAUGUAGAGGAUUAUAAUAAUAUCGUUGAAACUGCUAAUAAUAAAAAUGAUAACGACAACUGGAAUGAAGAAGAUACGGUUUCAAUUCCUACACCAAUUACUACCAUUUCAGCUAUAACUCCACCAAAAGAAGAAAAUCCUAAUAUUAUCAUAAUUAUAAUCCAAGAAUUAUUACCGAUAUUAAUAAUGGAAAUUUUGGUUAAACUCAAUAACAUCAAUAAUAGCACCGCUAAUAAUACUGAUACAGCAAUUGAUACUACUGGUAAUACAAAUGAACAAAAAUUACUUGAUUUUAGUGACGAUGAAGACAAAUCACCAGCUGUAAAUAAUAAUAGUGAGAAGGAAACAACUACUAACACAGCUACUGCAAAAAAAAAGAGAUCAGCGGAUUUUAAGAUAAUUGAUAUGGAAGGUUUCUUAAGGCAAGACCUAGAAGAAGGAUUAAAAAAGAUGGUGAAUGGACUACAGCAACGAAAUAUGAUUCCAUUGAAUAGUCAAUCAUUGGAUGAAUUAUUAAAAUGA